AGGAAUUUCCGGUUACGUCAGCGUGUCUGGACUCCAUUAGGGGGUUGCAGCUGUUGAGAGAAACAACAACAAAAACGGAGCGAUUGACGGAACUAUCACGGAGUCAGUGCGUUCUCAGCCGGGUUACGAAGUAUAAAUUCUGGGAGCUAAAACCUCCUUUCCCACCCGGGGCUUCGCCGGCUUCUAACCACGGCCGCUCUCGGUGAGGAAACUCUGGCCUCCGCUUCCUCCUCCUCCGACUCGGACACCGGCGGAGCGUCGCCGCCCCCACGGAAGAAACACCGAGCCUCGGCGGCGGAGGGAGCAGGAGAGUCCGGGGAUUCAACAGUUGCGACAGGCCUUUCUGGAGUUGUUUUGGGACUUGCUACUACUUCUCCACAUCACCAAGCCACCUCUGCUAUUCACUUUAACCGGACCCUUGUCAACAAUCUCAGCGGCAAUAACAUGCAGUCAAACGGGGCAGGACAGGGACAGGAUUCAGAGCUUUCCUGCCUGAACAGCGCGCAAAACGGGGAGUCAUCUUCGGCUGGGGGAACGCACUUCAACGGGCUUCUGGUCAGCACAAACAAUGGGAAUGGUGUCGGUACCAAUAACGGAGCUGGACCGGGCUCAGGGACUUCCACAGCCUCUGGUUCGGAGGUCGGCUCCAUGAAAAAGAAGAAACGCCUUUCGCAGUCGGAGGAAGAUGUCAUCCGAUUAAUAGGACAACAUCUCCACGGGUUAGGGCUAAAUCAAACAGUGGACCUGCUAAUGCAGGAGUCGGGCUGCAGACUGGAACAUACCUCAGCCACAAAGUUCCGCAACAACGUCAUGGAGGGGGAGUGGGAAAAGGCUGAGAAUGAUCUCAACGAGCUGAGGGCACUGAUGCAUUCUCCCAACGCUAUUGUGCGUAUGAAGUUCCUGCUCCUGCAGCAGAAGUAUCUGGAGUACUUGGAGGAUGGGAAGGUUCUCGAGGCUCUGCAGGUGCUCAGGGGAGAGCUCACGCCGCUCAAGUACAACACGGACCGCAUCCAUGUUCUCAGCGGGUAUCUGAUGUGUAGCCAUGCAGAGGACCUGCGCGCCAAGGCAGAGUGGGACGGCAAAGGCGCAAAUUCACGCUGCCGACUGCUGGACAAGCUACAGACGUACCUGCCCCCGUCGGUGAUGCUUCCCCCACGCAGGCUGCAGACCCUGCUGAGACAGGCUGUGGAGCUGCAGAGGGACCGCUGCCUCUACCACAACACCAAACUGGACAGCAGCCUGGACUCUGUCUCCCUGCUCCUGGACCACGUCUGCAGCCGGUCAGCAACACACUCAGGGAAGCAGUUCCCGUGCUACACGCAGCAGAUCCUCACAGAGCACUGUAACGAGGUGUGGUUUUGUAAGUUCUCCAACAACGGCACCAAGCUGGCCACCGGCUCCAAAGACACCACCGUCAUCAUCUGGCAGGUGGACCCUGAGAGCCACCAGUUGAAGCUGCUGCGGACCUUAGAGGGCCAUGCCUACGGUGUGUCCUACCUGGCCUGGAGCCCUGACGACGCCUACCUGAUCGCCUGCGGACCCGAUGACUGCUCCGAACUCUGGCUCUGGAACGUCCAGACGGGCGAGUUGCGGACCAAGAUGAGCCAGUCCCACGAGGACAGUCUGACCAGUGUGGCCUGGAACCCUGACGGGAAACGCUUUGUCACCGGGGGACAGAGGGGACAGUUCUACCAGUGUGACCUGGAUGGUAACCUGUUGGACUCGUGGGAGGGCGUGCGUGUGCAGUGCCUCUGGUGUGUGGGGGACGGCAGGACUGUGCUAGCGUCAGACACUCACCAGCGGAUCCGGGGUUACAACUUCGAGGACCUAACGGACAGAAACAUAGUUCAGGAGGACCAUCCUAUCAUGUCUUUCACUGUUUCCAAGAACGGAAGAUUAGCUUUGUUAAAUGUAGCAACUCAGGGAGUGCAUCUUUGGGACCUGCAGGACCGAGUGUUGGUGAGGAAGUACCAAGGUGUGACCCAGGGCUUCUACACCAUCCACUCCUGCUUCGGAGGCCACAAUGAAGACUUCAUUGCCAGCGGCAGCGAAGACCAUAAGGUCUAUAUCUGGCACCGACGCAGUGAGCUACCCAUCGCUGAACUAACAGGGCACACUCGCACAGUCAACUGCGUUAGCUGGAACCCCGCCAUCCCAGGCCUCAUGGCCUCCGCCUCGGACGACGGCACUGUACGUGUCUGGGGCCCCGCACCCUUCCUCGACACACAGGUGGUCGACGGGCUCAACGAGAACUGCAGCAACAUGGACAGUUGAUGGUGACGUUGGAAUGGAAAACUUAUUCUCUUUUACAUCAAGAAAUAAAACCAACCAACAAGAAAUAAACAUCAAAACGAGAACGAAAUCCAAAACCUUAUAAAACAGAGAAAAGUAAAUCAAUUGUCUCAUGACCGGGCAAAACUAUGGAGGUGAGGAUGAAAACACUCUUACAAAACUAGGUCUUCAUCCAAAACCAGAACCAGUGACUUGGAAGACCAGUGACCUGGAAAAUCGAUCUGAUCCAUUGGUACUCCCUGCUGGCUCCCUCUUCUUCCACCCCACCCCCUUUCCCAGCAAGGCCACAGCCACACCAGGGGCACUCCCCUGAAUAUUCCCCUGGAAACCCACAUCUUCCCUGGGCCUCAGGCACAGCAUCACGCCCCUGACCCCUUCAGACAGCCAUUACAGACCAUCUACAUGGAUUGGACCGUGUCUGUCAUCUGUCUCUCACCUACCCGUGUGUGUCCAUGGUGAGGGUGAUGGGGUGUUAAAAGGGGUGGAGGGGGUUAUAGCAACUCUUCCGUUUAUUAGUUUUUCUGUUCUCCUUUCUCCUCUUGCUCCUUUCUUCGCACUUGAGUUGUUGGAUGAAAGCAGAAAAUCAACACAAAACCAACCAACCGACAAAGAAAAACUCAAAAGGCUAUGCUUACUUUGGAUUUUUUUUACAAUAGUCAUAGCAUUCUUAUUGUUAUCAUUUAACAGGUGAAUCCUAGGGUUGAACUAGGAGUAGUGGCCGUGGAGUGCUUUAGUGUGAAGAAUACUCUCUCAAUUAGGAAAAUAUAUUUUUAUCCCUUGUUUAAAGUCUAACACAGACACACUCGCGCCAAUGUCCCCCGAGUCGCACCCUCUGACUCCCCCUAUCUCCCGCUUCCGAGCUUAAGCUAUCAACCGCACAGCUCACAGUUCCACUAGAUCUGCCUGUUGGGAGGGGGUAAAGGUCAGCUGUCAAAGGUGAGAGGUCAGUGGUAGCUGGUGUAGUGUGGUUGCGUCUCCGCUGUAGGGCCAAGCGUGAACCAGUCCUCGUGUUGAGUAUCUCUAAGAAUGACAUACUCUUGGAUGUAGAGGUCUGUACAUGCCGUACACUGAGGACCUGCACCUGUCCUUCCUCGUGUGUGUGUGUGUGUGUGUGUGUGUGUGUGUGUGUGUGUGUGUGUGUGUGUGUGUGUGUGUGUGUGGAUGAGCUUGUGUGUAUGGGUGAACUUCUGUGUUUUUGUUUAGGUGAGUGAAUGCAGGGGCAUGCACACCAGCAGAAGAUCAUGCUUUCCCCUCCUUUCCCCCUUUCCCCUCCUCCCCCAGUGAAAUUAUAAAGAGGAUUUUAAUCCCAUUCAAAUUAAUCCAAAACCCCAGAGCGACCUCUAUCUGUGGAACAAAGAAUACUUGGAGAGCCAUUUUGUAGAAACUCUUUAUUUUUAAUUUUUAACUUGGGCUUUUCUUUUUACAUUUGACUUUGCUUUUUUAUAUAUUUCUCCUUAACAACACCUACGAUUGGAAUGGCACUGAGAUACCGGAGUUGGAUCAGUUUUGUGGGAAAAUACACAGCUUUACAGAGUUUUCCCCUUUACACACACACCCCCGCCUGUCCCCUCCAGACACACACCCACAUGUACGCCCAAAACACGUCACUGAGGUCUACCCCUAGUCACACCUUUGACAGAGCUGGAUAGGUAUAGGCAAGGUUUUAUGGGUGGAAGUGAUCAUAUUGGAAUCUGGCUCACGCCACACUUCCAUGCACCCUACACAGUACACAGUAGUACAGCGUUCUUAAUGUUAAGCAUACAGAACCAAACACAACCUCCGGCAUAUACACAGGCAUAGCUGCUCUCCAUCUUACAUAGGCUUACAGCCCUUACUGAGCAAGACUGAUUUCUGCACAACACCCCUUUCUCUCCAGCCAAGUCAAUUUCUCUCCUUUUCAGUGAUGAAGGCACCAUACAGAGCUUUCUUCCUCCCGAUUCGGGGUAUGUAAUGACUAUUUGCUAUGGACUGAUAUUAAAUGUUUAAAAAGAACGCUUUUCUGUCCGUUUUUAUGAAAUAUUUUCUUACUUUCAUUUUUUGUUCUCAUUAUAAUUUCAUUCUCUCUCCCUGUAUUAUCAUAUUAAAAUAUAACCAGACAACUGGUGUCCUAUAUAUUUUUUUAAAUUCAUCUUAUGAUUAGUUUUGUCUUUCGGGUUUCAUUUUGACUUAUCCACUACUUCUUACAUAUUAAUAGUGAAUAUGCACAGUAACACUCAUGCCAAUAUGAGUGGGGUGAGUUAUGUUUUGGGAGUGUGUUACCUUAAGAAUCAGGUUUAAAAUGUCCACCCCAUGUCUUUUAAAAGUGAGACAUUGUGCAGUGAUUCAAUACUCAUGUCUCUGUGGAAUAUGUCCAGGACAAAAAAAAUUGUGCUUUUUUUUGUGCCACUGUUGGUUGCGUUUGCUGUUUCUACCCCUACCAAAAUCAAAGCACUUAAGACUCGAUCGUGGCUCUGUAGGUAUGUGUGAUUCCACGAUCUGUGUUUCACAUUCUGGAAUGGUGCUUUUCCCAUUCUAGAACCUUCCAUCUCUUGGACCCCUGAAUGGACUUGAACUGCCCAUCCACACCGUAUGUCAUGUCUGAGGAGUUGAGGCAAAUAAAAAGUGAAGAACCCAAAAGCUUUCACAAAGUUAUAAUUCACCUGCUGGUGACAUGCUAUGUCUGAAUGCAACUUGGUGUCUACUCUUCCUUUGUCUUGGAGUUUCUAGGACUGUUUAUGAUUUGAUGCUAAUAACUAUCUUAUUUCUCUCUCUGGAGGUGUUGGGGCUGGGUGGGGGAGUAAGGGUUUACGGUAGCAGAUUAAAAGAGUAAUUGUGGGACGGGGAUCUGUUUGCGUUUGUUUUAUUUACAAAAGUGAUUGUACUGUUUUGUAUCGUUGUGUAGGAGAAGUGUUGUGUGCAUAUUUUCAAUAAAGCUUUCAGGGUUUUGAAAAAGA